AAAAUAGGGACAAAAGUGCAAAUGACCCAAACUUGAUUACUUUUCUGAAGAGAUAUAAAAUGGCGAACGAAAAUUACAGUUAGGGUUUCUCCUGUCAUCUUCUUUUGUCAAGCUCUCCGUCACAAGUUUGAGGACCUCCAUUAACAACUAUGACCAAGAGGACGAAGAAGGCUGGAAUAGUUGGCAAGUAUGGUACCCGUUAUGGUGCCAGUCUGCGAAAGCAGAUUAAGAAGAUGGAGGUUAGCCAGCAUAGCAAGUAUUUCUGUGAGUUUUGUGGGAAGUAUGCAGUGAAGAGAAAGGCAGUAGGGAUAUGGGGCUGCAAAGAUUGUGGCAAAGUCAAAGCAGGCGGUGCUUAUACUUUGAAUACUGCAAGUGCUGUCACAGUUAGGAGCACAAUCCGAAGACUGAGGGAGCAAACUGAGAGUUAGAGCACGUGUUAGUUUUCAUGGCAAAUUUUGGGGUCUCAAGAUCAGAGUUCGUUUUCCUCUUUGUGGACAUUUUGAUGGUUGUAAACCAGCUCAAGUUGUCAUUGGUCUACUGUAUGGAGAAACCUAGUUUAACUCGAGAUGAUUUCUGCAAUUGUUGCACUCAAGUUUAUAGCCAGAUGCCUUAAAUA